AUGGCGGAGAAGCGGUACAAGCUGUACGAAUUCUCGCGGCGUGAGGCGCGUCGUCGACCGCCGCCUCCGGAGACGGACCUGACGGAUGUGGUGCAGCUUCACGACCUCGACCGCAACACGGACGAGAACAAGCGACUCAUCCAUCGGGUCGUUCUGCCACCACGUCCGCAGCACAACGAGGGCACAUCGCUCUCGGCAGCGUUCGAAGCUCAGCCAGGGAAAGGGGUGUUGUGCUACACGUUUGCUGGUGUCCCUGGCCUGCUGCUGUUCCCUGGCGUGCUGAGCGAGGUGGAGCAGCAGCGCUGGUGCAGGGAGGCGGUGCUCGACUACGGCGACUCGGCGCAGCACCCCAACAUCCUCAGCACCCACGCCAAGGCGCCGCACAGCACGCCCUGCUAUCAGCCCCCCAUGCGGUGGGCCACGCUCGGGUACAGCUACGAAUGGACGCAGAAGGUGUACCACCGCGACCGCUACUCGGCGUUUCCGUCUGCACUGCGUAAGCGCAUGUGCGACCUCGUCUCGCUCGUGGCAGAGGUGCGACAGGAUGGGUUCUGCUGCGCUUACCCUGACGUCUACGAGCCCCAGACGGCGAUCGUGAACUACUACCCUGUUGGGUCGAUGAUGAUGUGCCACCAGGACGUUAGCGAGGAAACGCUGGAGCAGCCGCUGAUGAGCUUGUCGCUGGGCUGCUCCGCCAUUUUCUUGAUGGGCACGCAGUCUCGCGAGGAUGCCCCGUACGCGUUUCUUCUGAGGAGUGGCGAUGUGGCAGCCUUCACUGGACCCUCGCGGUCGGCGUUCCACUCGACACCACGCAUCCUCGAUGACUGCCCUGCGUACCUCACGUUGCCGGAAGAUGAGCUGACGGAGGCAGAGCGGCAUCGGUAUCAGCAGCACGCCUACUGUGCGCACCCCACCCCCGAUGGAAGCUUCUCGCGAGUGGAAAAGGCGCUGAUGACGGCGGAGGAGCAGGAGCGGUACUGGCGCCUUUGCAUGCGGCACAUGCGUGUCAACAUCAAUGCACGGCAGGUGUACAAUGAACGGUGCCCCGCUCUCUUCGAUGCGCCACGCGACCUUGCGCAGGGGAGGGGCGGUGCAAGCGCCGGCUGA